CUGCCAACACUGCCAGAAGUUCCUGAAUAUGAAGAGGAGAAUGACUAUACCAACUACUUUACCCUUCUCUCAAACCGUAACGGUCCAUACAACAGCUACGGAUAUUCGUACGCAGGGUACAUUGAACGUCAGAUUCGAAUGUAUCCUAUUAUGAUGUAUACUCUCGUACAAUGUAUACCGUGCGAACGAGCCAAACACGUGCUAGCCGUGUCGUAUCGUGACGUCAGUAGUCAUUUUCUAGAGCUCGGAGGUGACGAAGAAUGGCAGCGGCAACUUAAGGUUGACUUGCAGAGAAUUACUGGGGCACUUACUUUCCCCUAUAUAUUCCUGUGCGGAACCUACAUAGGAGGUUUGCUUCAAGAACUGUAG